UCCCCUGGGUUAGGAGAUGGGGAGCCGGGGCUGCGUGGGGGCCUAGGAUAUCUGGGUUCUUGCUCUAGGUCUGGAAGGUAAGUGGAGUCUGUUGGGGCCCAGCUGGGCGCCGGGUUCUUUUCUUUCUCUGAGCUGGCAGGAAGACUGGGGUCUAGUGGGGGAGGGUCGGAGGCCAAGAUUCCUGGGGCAGGAUGCCUGGUUGGGGGGGCAGGGAGGAGGCUCUCACCUGCGUUCUCUCCCGGCUCAGCCUUCCCUUCCGCAGCGGAGGCAGCAGCUGGGCGGCGCUGCGGGGGGAGCUGGGCGCUGGGCCCGGCCCAGCCUCGUUUCCCCGGCUGGCUCCGUCUUUGGUCGCCGCUUCUCAGCCAGUUCCGGCCCCGGCCUGACAGCGUGGGGACCCGCCGCGUACAGCCCAGAUGCUCCCUGGCCUCACCAUGAGCAAGCAAGGGUCACCCCACCCCAGCAAAGACCCCCAGUUCUGUCUUAUUCCCUGCCGGGCCCCCUGACACCUUUCCAAGUCCUCCAAGUGCUUGACCCUGCCAUGUCCCAGGCCGCAGAGGAACCUGACAGAGGGGCCCGGCCCAAGGAGAGGCCAGGUGAGGCCAGGGGCAGGCGCAGCGGCCACAGAACAAAGCACCUGGAGACACCAGAGAGGGCAGAGCCGGGCCGGGCGGGGCGCUCACUGCGGCAGAGGAUCAAGGAUGCAGUGGGUCAGUGUUUCCCCAUCAAGGGGCAUAGCAGGGCCCGAUCCCCAGAAUUCUCCCCCUCCCAGCGCAAGAUCCACCUGCGGGAGCUGAUGCUGGACACGUGCCCCUUCCCGGCUGGCUCAGAGCUGGCCCGCAAGUGGAACCUCAUCAAGCAACACACAGCACCCGUAUCUGCACAGGAAGGACUGACCUGUGGUGGGGCAGGGCUGGCAGAGGACGAGGAUGACCGGUUGCGGGAACGGAGACGCAUCAGCAUUGAGCAGGGGGUGGAGCCGCCCCCGGAUGCCCUGAUCCACACCUUCGAGGUGACAGCGCAAAUCAACCCGCUUUACAAACUGGGGCCCAAGCUGGCCCAUGGCAUGAAUGAACUGGCUGGGGACAAUCGGGCCACCCUGGCACCCCAGCAAGAGGAGGAAGAGGAGGAGGCAGCAGUGGCAGCCCCAGAACAGGAGCUCCGCAUCCACACCCAGAUCGACUACAUUCACUGCCUGGUGCCAGAUCUACUGCAGCUAACCCAGCUGUCCUGCUACUGGGGGGUGAUGGAUCGUUACCAAGCAGAAGCCCUGCUGGAGGGGAAACCAGAUGGGACCUUCCUGCUGCGGGAUUCAGCCCAAGAGGACUAUCUCUUUUCUGUCAGUUUCCGACGCUACGGCCGCUCACUUCAUGCCCGCGUUGAGCAGUGGAACCACAAUUUCAGCUUUGAUGUCCAUGACCCAGGUGUCUUCCAUGCCCCCACUGUCUCAGGCUUGCUGGAGCGCUACAAGGACCCCAGUGCCUGCAUGUUCUUCGAGCCUCUGCUCUCCCACCCAGUGUGCAGGCCCUUCCCCUUUGCCCUGCAGCACCUGUGCCGUUCUGUGGUAACCGGCUGCACCUCCUAUGAUGGCAUCAGCCACCUUCCCAUCCCACGUGCACUCCAGGAGUACCUCAAGGAGUAUCACUACAAGCAGAAGGUACGAGUGCGGCGGCUAGACGCCCACUGGAACUGAGCCCCGGUAAGCCUCCGAUUUCCCAGAGCUGGAAGCAUCUGGCCUGUGGCUUUGGUCCUCUUGGCCACAGCCCAUAUGCAAGGGGCAUGGGGUUGACUCCUGGAUUGGACUGUCACCAGCUGGGCCAAUAUGCAGCUAUGUUGCCAGCAAACUUUCCAUGGCUGGGUUUGCCUUCUACAGCAGGUUCUGGGUCCCGUCUAGGAAGUUCUCGCAGCCCCCGGUGUGCUGGGGUCGUCAGCCCCAAGCAGGAUGGAACAGUAUGUCUGAAUUACUGCUCCACCAACCGUACUGUGGCAGGAGUUUUCUCCCCUGCCUUGAUCCUGCCCAGGGGAAGACACAACUGGGGCCUCCAUCAGCUGCUCUAUUUAAAGAGGCUGGGCUACUGGAAUAAAGUUGUGCUGCUGUGACAACUGUAAGAGGCCCCUGGGGACGUAUCGGGGGAUGACCAGGUCUGGCCCUCAGCCCCCACUGAGAGCUGGCGAAGGGGCUGCAUUCAAUGAUUGACCUUGACCCACCCCUUACUCCACCCCCUAGCAAUCCCAGCUGGUUUUUCACUAGAGCUGGGUGCCUUGUCACAGGAAGCGACCAUAUGGCUCUGUUCCUUUGGAGGCCACCUGCUGGGAUCCUAAUUCUCCAAGUGAGCAGGGGCAGGGCUUGAGUGAGACUAAUUCCUUAAUCUGUUCCCCUUCUAUCCCCUGCCAUGGCCCCAUGAUGCAAGAGCAGCCUAAGAGCCAUGGCCUGGGCCAGCACACUGAGGCAGGGGCUGGCUUGUUCUCCAGCUGCAAGGCCACAACUAUCAAGCAGGAGCAAAGAGAUGAUUUUCCCUCAGUGUUGGGCACUGGUGCAACUGCUGCUGGGCUCCUGCUUUGUUUUGGUGCCCACCACUUAGAGUGACAUUGGUAAAUUGGAUAGGGGUCAGAAAAGAGCCACAAGAAGGAUAAAAGAAUUCAACCCUAAGCUUGAUUGGCUUCACUUAGUGUGUGUUCAGGGUGUCUGGAUCCUCACAUGUAAGUACCUGUGCGGGGAACAAAUAUUUCGUGGCCACUGCAGGCAAGCCACGGAAGGUUGCACCAGCGGCUGGAAGAUAGUCAUACUGGAAAUAAAUUAGAAUUUGGUUUGGAGCAGUAAGAGUCCUUAGUUUCCGGCCUAGUUGAGGGGAUAGGUGGAGUCUGUCUCUGGUUUUACAUAAUGCUGGUUUUUUUUCUGACAGCUCUGCUCUGGGAAUUAUUUGGGGCAUGGUACCUGGCAGGUCCCACACUAGCUAAGCACCAGGGUCCUUACCGGCCUUGCUGGUCUCUGCAAGCAGGAGCUGGAUCCUUCCUGUGCAGGUGCUGGUAGAACAAAGGAGAGCUGUCCUGUCCCACCGUUCCGGGAGCCAGGCCCCUUGGCAAGGAAACAAACCCAGGGCUGAUCUCUGGGGCACUGGAGGGGGAGUUCAGCUGAUCCCUAAGCUGCCCCCACCCUGCCACUAUUGGGGCCCAGGGACUUUUGACUGUAGGAGGUACAGCCUUCUUUAGGCUGGGGGUGGGGUGGGGUCUGUAUAUAUCCAUUGUGCCACAACCAGCAACAAACCAUCUCACCUCUCCAGCCUUGUGCUUCAGAGCCACCUGGCUCUGGGUGUAACAGGACCUCAGAAUACCUGCCCCCACUCCCCAUUAGGGGGGCCCCACUACCAGGAAGGCAACUAGGAAGAGAGUGGGAGUCAAAGACACAGGCCAGGUUUAUGCCUCCUCCCGCUUCUGGGAGUGCCUGUGAGCAAGCCAGGGAAGAGGAUCAGAGACCUCGCUCAUACAGGGCUCAGCCCCUGCUUCAAGAGAAGGGACAGCUGCAAAGAGAAAGGGAGGUGCCAGGGGAGCAGGGAAAAGAAAAGCCAAGCUUUUUGGUCCUGUCCAGGCCCAGGUUCCUGCCAGCAUCUUGCUACAGUGCAGGGAUUGAGGCUGGUUCCAGUCCUGCAAAGCCAGGGAAGUGGCCUGAGGCAUGGGAGCUGUCCUGCCCAUCAGGGUUCUAUCCCCAGCAGGGUUUAGUGCCAGAGCAACAGCUGCAAGGCCCAAAGGAGCCAGAGUCUGGUACAGUAGUGAGGAGGCCUAUGGAGUGAGCCUUGUGACCUACGAGCUGGAGUCAUUCUGCCCUGUGCAGCAGUCUGGGCUGGGCACAGGGAACCCUAAUAAAGAGGGUCCAGUAGGCAGCCCAUCGCUAGGGAGAGGCAACCAGAGUUGACAUAUGGUUCAACAUGCCAGCCAGCAGCUCUCCACCCUCAGGUGGGCACGAGGCAGCACAACAGAGCCCUGCUGGAGGCAGAAACAAGAGGUUGAGUCUCAGUCUACGGGAAAAGAGCAGAGGGGUUACAGCCAAACUUCACUGAUCCCUACUUGGACACACAGCCUGUUUGGCAAAAAGCAGCUGGCUAGGCUGUGGGAGAGACUUUUGGUCUGUAUGCCAAGCUGGACUGUUGGCUUGGACUACAUCUCCCACAAUGCACCAUGGAAUCCAGCAAUGCAUGAUGGAAAAUGUAGUUCAGCUGGGGCGAACAGUGACAUAGCUGACCUCUCAAAGUUGAGUUCUGCCUGCACACCUAACGGAGGGGGGAAUCAUUGUUGAAAACCAUGUUAUGCCCCCGCUGGCAGUGGAGAUGCAUGGCAGUGGCUACUGCAGAGAAACAAAACACAAUUAUGCCUCACAAACAGCUGAGCUGCUGCUACCUGAAGUGACUGACCCUGUCUCCCCUUGGAAAACCAAGCCAGCCCUCAGCAUGCUUACGGGUUAGAGAGCACAGCCUCUGGCAUGAAGGGGCAGGUGCUAGAGUGGGGGAGUGUGCGGAAGUGGCCCAGCAGAGUAGAUUCACCUAAAGAGCUGUACUGCCUCUGGGUCCCUCCUACCGCUCCCCAGUGCUUGCCCUGCAUUGGGGAGGAACAAAAUACAAUCAAACACUGCCCUCCCUGCUUCUGGUUAGCAAAGGCCUCAAAAUCUUGGUCUUAAAAAUACCAGAUGCCUGCCACCACCCAAAGUUCCCUCUACUUUUUUGCCAUCCAUGUUCAAAAUAAACUUUGUUCUGUGCAUCGAGGCAUGUGUGGAUGUGCACCACUAGUAGAAACACAUGGUGCCAGCUGCGAGCACCCUGCUAAUCAACUGGGCAACACCUCAAUCUCUCUUGGGUGGCUGCCCAAGCAUUCAGGUUAUGGGGAAUACUACCCCCACCCCAUGCAGCUCCACCUGGCCAUGCCUGCAGGGGUGGAGGCAUUAGACCUGCCAGCCCACAGUGUUCCUCUCUAGUGCAGCAGGCAUUUACAGCAAAACCGCAGUUCGCCAACACUAACCACUGGGCCAGCCAUCCCAUCUUGGCCCUAACCUUUGUCCACCCAAGCCCCUCAAACAAAUCAAGAAUAAAAGCAGGGUUACAAAAUAAGUACAGCUUUAUCAGAGAGGGUAUUUGGGGUUUCCAUAGGGAGGUCUUGGACUUUGUUCAGGGGCACAUUCUUUCACACAGACAGCAAGAGCCAGGGGUGAGCAAGACAAAGAGCCAGCUAACACGGGCUGAUGGGGUUUUUGUGUUUUUUUUGUAAAAUUUUUUCCGUUUUGUUUUUUAAUAACGUAUUCAUGGUUACCAGCCAUAGUCAUAACAAAAGUUAUCCAUAAUAAAAUGUAUCUAAAAUAACAUUUCUAUCUGAAACAGGAAUCUUGGCUCUCUACUGUAGAAAUAGGUUUGGGGAGGUUGCCCCCUGAAAGGAGGGUGUUUUUGUACACACUACUUUUCAGUAUAUACUUUGGAAAGGCCUUUAACAUUUAAACAGCUAGGGGUUUUUUUUUUUGUACCAAAGAGAGGGGCUCAGAUGGUGGGAGUCAUCCACUUUGGGGCAUGCUCCUCUCCCCACACUGCAGAGGUCUGGGGAGACAUCAGACUUUUUUGUCUUGGGGCAGCUCUCUGGAAAGAGACAAAAUUGUACCUAGGUUUGGGUAGAACCCUGCUCCCCCCAAAACAAAU